CUUCGUACCCAGAAAAUACCCUCCGUCGAUAAAUACAAGCCCGCCUCCAGACCUCCCUUUCUCUAAUGUCCAGGCUGCUUUCCUCUGACCAGGCAUAUCGCUUGGUUUAUGUCAUCUCUAACCUCUGAAGAUGCCCUCUUUCAACCCAUUUUCGACCGUCACGGGCAAGCAUGCUGCUUCGCUCUUUGAGAUCAGAUUAGACAAUGACUUCAUUGUGUUUCGCGGAGGAGAGGACGAGUCUGCCGGUCAGAUUCUCAAGGGCGUGGUUGUGCUGUGUCUGCCUACGCCGCUGAAGAUUGAGGACGUCCACCUCCGAUUGACCGGCACCCACCGACUAUCGUGGGAUUAUUCCAAAACGGCCGCGUCCGGCGUUUCUAGCCAAAAGGUCGACAAGACCACCACCCUGCUCCAACACCGCUGGGCUCCGUUCGUCGGCGGCUCCGGUGGCAAGAACACUGUUCUGCCGGCCGGCAACUAUGAGUGGCCGUUCGAGUACACGUUGCCAGGCAACACACCCGAGAGUGUCGAAGGCAUCCCUGAAGCGAGCAUUACAUACAAGCUCAAGGCUACUGUCGCCCGCGGCAAACUCGCCUACGAUCUGCACGCUUACAAGGCGCUGCGCAUAAUCCGCACCCUCGAACCCGCCGCACUCGAAUUUCUGCACGCCAUGAGCGUCGAGAACAUCUGGCCUAACAAGGUUGACUACUCCAUCAUCAUUCCGCAAAAGGCCGUCGUUUUCGGGGCCACUGUUCCGCUUCAGAUGCGAUUCACACCCUUGUUGAAGGGCCUCGAAAUGGGAGACAUCACCGUCAAGAUGUUGGAAAUCCGCGAAUGCACAUUACAAGGCCCCACGGGCAACAUUUUCAAGGAGCACCGGACUGAACGAGAAGUUUCUAACUGGAAGUUCGACGUCGACCGAGACGAGCACUGGCACGACACCAUCGAAGACACAGGACAGGAAGGAUGGUUGGUGGAGAAGAAGCUGAAUUUGCCCAAGAGACUGCGGCAAUGUGUCCAGGAUCUCAACCACAACGGCAUCAAAGUCCGCCACAAACUCAAGCUCGUUGUCGCCCUGAAGAACCCGGAUGGUCAUAUUUCUGAGCUGCGCGCUACUUUGCCUGUCUCGAUCUUCAUUUCUCCUAAUAUGCCACUUGAUGAACAUGGUGUUCUCGUCGACCAGGCCCCUGGUGCACCCGCCCAGGCCGAGAUCACCAGGAUUGCGCCGCCUGGUUACGGCGAGCACGUCCUCGACCAGCUGUACGAAGACGUCGACAUGAGCGGUUUUCAGACCCCGGGUUUCCAGACUCCGGGUAUUCAGACCCCGGGCGUCCAGUCUGGUUUCAGCAGCCCCUUCUACGCCCAGUCCCGUGCUGGCUCGUCAGAGAACCUUGCGUCUUUUGCCAUGAUGAAUGGCCAUGGUGUCGCCCCUGCCGCUCUCUCGUCGCGUUUGCAGAACGUCUCUCUUGACCCGACGCAUCGCAACACUUCUUUCAACUCAUUGAACGCCAUUACGGAGGAUGUGGCUGCUCCGACAUCCGUGCCCACAGGGGCAAGUUCGCAGUCACAUUCGACUGCUUUGACGCGUCAGAACAGUGCCGAAGACCACCCCAACUCGCACUCGUCAGGUCGUGCUUCGCCGGAACAUCUCGACUUUCCCGACAUGGCAACAUUAAGCAAGGUGCCUAGUUACACGACGGCAGUCAAGACACCUCUCCGACGGGGUGCAGGUAGUAGCGAUGCGCUCCCAGAUUACUUCUCCGCAAUGAGCGCUCCGAACACACCUCCGGCGAGCGAAGUUCCCAUUGCCGACCCGCUUAGUAUGAUUCCAGAAUCCCAUGAGGGUGCUGGAAGCGAGCCCACAUCACCGGGCAGCUCUCACCGCUCAUGGCAUCGCCCCGCGAGCAUGAGCAAUCUGCUCCAGGCCGUCCAAAGCAAUGAUGACCGUCGACUACAUCUUAUUCAAGGACGGGAGAGGGUGUACUGAAUGCUUCUGGCUCGCGGUUCUUUCACCCAACUCAUUUGAUUACGUAACGAUUUACAGAGAGCGGCAAGCGCUACUUCAGGCAUGGUAUUGGCGUUGAAAGGUUGAGAAGGGAAAUCAACCAGGGACAGGGUUUUUGGAAUUUCACAGGUUAUAGAUUUGCGCCAUGAAGGCACCAGGACUCAUCGGCUGCUCGGGUACACAAAGACACGGUUUGAGCAAUGUUUCAAAGGGAUUCACUAUAGGGGCGAAACGGGGAGGGUAUUCAUGGUUAUACGAUAUACCCGCCGCUUAGAGCGCGGCUUUGUCGAAUGCGAGAUACCAAUAUGACAAAAACGAAGAUCUAAUUCCGAAC